AUGACAAAAGACAAUAUGGUUGAUAUAUUGAGGCAAAACAAGCAGGCCUGGGAUGAAGAAGGCAGAUUAUUAUAUUCUGUAUGCUGUUUUGUGUGUUCUACCUGUCUUUCUCUAUUUGAAGUACAUAACAGAGAAUCCUGUGACUGGAAUGGUUUGAAAAGAAAAGAAUACAGAGUAAUGGAGAAUAAAGAUCUUACAUCAAGCCAUUCAUGUCAGUUCAGCAGUUUACUUGACUUGCCAGCUACUUUUGAUGUGUAUGCGGGAAGCAUUUCUGAAUCUCCUCAGGAACAGUCCCAUGGAGUGGCCAGUGAUUUUAACAGCAGAAAUGAAAGCAUCACUCAAGAAACAUUGCAUGUCCCAGAUGGUGCAGAUUCAUUCAAAGAAAAAGAUGUCAGCAUACUCAAAGCAGGCCAGAGCUGGAAGGAAGAGGCAGUGAGCACGAUGAAGCCUUGGAACAUCGAGACAAGACUUUGCAAUCAAACAGAUGCUGAUGUAGUUACUGAAAAUAGACAGGUAGUCCUACAUCAAAAGCAGUGUGGGGCUGACAAUCAGGAUAACAAAGAUGUUUCUGUGGUGGACAGGAAAGAAAGCAGUAUAUCACCCUGCAGAACCAUGGCCUUUUCAAAGCCUACUGAAGCUCCCAGUUUUGCUGGCUUAAGCCUAACUGACGUGCUUAAGUAUGGAAAAGAUGAUACUUCAGAUAUAAGAAGAUGCUUGGAUGAAUUUUACGGAGAGUGUGGCCAAGAGAGUCCUUGGAGAUCUGAUGCUACUUACAGGUGGAUCUCAGAACAGCUGUCCUCCAAAAUCGCAGAGCUACAGAACAAAAGAGGAAGUAGUUAUGCACUAAAAAGUUUCCAAAUCGCUCUGGUUCUAUUGAAUAAAUAUGGACCUAGAAUAUUUCCAGUCUCUCUACCCCAAACUAGUUUCUAUCCUUCUGGUGAGGCAGCUGUGAAUUUAGAAACAUAUAGUCCUAUAGCUGGGCUUUCAUCUGAUGUUGUGGAUUUCAUUGUAAAGCAAAAAUUAAAUAUAAAAUAAUGUACCAUUU